ACUCAGCUCUUCCAAGCUCCUUCCAAGUAAGUAAGCAGCUGAUCGAUCGAAGUUACUAAGCAUUAGCCAAAUAGAAGUGAUCUUCCUUAUAUUUCCCAAGGGGUUCUCAGCUCAGCACGUGAAAUCAAGAUGGCCUCCAACACGGACAAGGCAAGCUACCAGGCCGGCGAGGCCAAGGCUCACACCGAGGAGAAGGCUGGACAGGUGACCGGCGCAACCAAGGACAAGGCGUGCGAGGCCAAGGAUCAGGCGGCGGACGCGGCGGGGCACGCGACGGGGAAGGGGCAGGACACGACGGAGGCCGCGAAGCAGAAAGCCGGCGAGGCGGGCAGCAAGACGUCCGAGACGGCGCAGGCUGCCAAGGACAAGGUCUCCGAGACCGCCGAGGCCGCCAAGCAGAAGGCGUCCGAGGCGACCGGGGACACCCAUGACAAGACCUCCCACGCGGCGCAGGACACUAAGGACUCCGCCGUCGCCGGCACGGACAACACCGGCAGCGUAAUCGGUCAGGCCGGUGAUCAGGUGAAGAACGCGGUGGCUGGCGCGAAAGACGCGGUGGCGAACACGCUGGGAAUGGGAGGAGACACCACCACCAAGGACACUAGCUCCACAUAGACGAUCGCCAAGGAUCAUCAUUCACUGAUACUUUUCAAGGUUGUAUCUAUACAUGUUUGCUUUUCCUGAAUUCAGCUGUACUUGGGCUUGGACCUUGAGAUUCCUACCCGCGAAAUUGAUGUUGUAAGUUUACUUUUGCAUGUAUUGCUUAAUUGUGUCCAAGUCUGUAUGUCGAGAUCGGGUGAUGAGAACGUCUGACGAGAGGUGCAUCUUUGUGUUCGUCAGACUUCUCAUUUGAAGAUCCACUAUGAACAGUGUAACAGCGAUAAUAAUAAAUAAAG